AUGGCGCGACAAUACCGAAUUGGUGACAGGCUUUCAGUCAUCUCAGCAACUUCUUCGGAUAAUCUCUGUACGGUUCGUUAUAUAGGAGAAGUAGACGGCUUCAAGGGCCUAUGGUUAGGCGUUGAGUGGGAUGAUGAUAGCAGGGGCCUGUGUGAUUUGCCCGCAGCAAGUUUCAUUCGUCCAUCGAGACCUGUUGAAUCUGAGCGAAGCUUCAUUGAGGCGGUUCGAGAAAAGUAUGCCCCUAAGGAAGCAUCACAACUACAACAGGUGCCUGGAGCAAACAAACUUACAAUAUCCGGUAAGGUCGUCGAAGAAGUAGGGUUCGAUAAAAUCCGACAGAUACAGGCACAACUUCAUAAUCUGAGGGUCGUCGUGGUAUCUGGCAUGUGUAUUUCUGUUGGAGAAAAAAACGGUGAAAGGAUUGAAGACACCUGCUCUAAGAUAUCUGACCUCGACUUGAGUAGAAACCUAAUCCGUGACUUCAAGGAAGUUUCUUACAUAUGUCGUCAGCUUCCCAAUCUCAAAAUGCUCCGGCUCAAUGGCAACCGUUUCUUCGACAAUAUCCCCUCAGAUUCUGAUAUGGCUUCGGGUGAUGGCACUCUUGGGUUUUCUACGAUCCAAGAAUUAGAGCUAGACCAGACUCUCCUACCAUGGGAAUCAAUUGUUAUCCUCGGGAGUUAUUUUCACCGUCUAACAAUUCUAACAGUCUCCUCGAAUCACUUCAGAGAUAUACCAGCAACAUUGGAUGCUAGAAAUCUUAUCUCUCUCAACUUGCAAUAUAACAAAUUCAAAAGCCUUCAUGAUAUUCAUCCGCUGUCACAACUAGAAUCUCUCCAGGUACUUCUUCUCAAAGGCAAUCAGAUUUCAAAAGUCAACGAAAGCCAAACCUCCACAGCUUUGGUCCAAUUUGGUGUGAGAUUGUGCCAUGUAGACCUUUCACAUAAUUGUAUUGACUCUUGGGGCUUUAUCGAUACACUACCAUUAGUGUUCCCUGGCCUCACUAACUUACGGACAAUGUUUAAUCCCAUUCACAACCUAUCAAAAGACCCAACAUGCGCCAAGAAUGACGAUGCCUAUAUGAUCAUAAUAGGACGCCUUGAAAGCCUAACGACUUUGAAUUACAGUAAAAUCAAUGCGACUGAGCGGGCUAAUGCUGAAAUUUACUAUCUUUCAAAAAUAGCUGAGGAGGUAAUCGCGGCACCAGAACAUGAAAAAAAUGCUAUCCUGGCGCGACAUGCACGCUUUAGAGAUCUCUGUAUCAAAUGGGGGGAGCCUGCAAUGAAUCGAUCGAGUCAAUCUUUACUAGAUAGCCGCCUUAUAAAAUUUACAUUUUAUCGGUCUGCGUCUUACGAGGGCAUAAGCAGAGAAAUGAUAUGGAAGCAAGAGAUCCCAAAAUCUAUUGAUGUCUAUCGCGUUAAAGGACUAAUUGGGAAGAUGAUCGGGGUUCCCCUAACUACACUGCGAAUGGUCUGGGAAACGGGUGAGUGGGAUCCCGUUGCAGAUUAUGAUACUGCCCUUGAAGAGACUGAUUCAGGGUACACGAAUGAAGUCCAGGGUGAAUUUAUAUCUGCAAAGGCACCCGGGCGAUGGGUUCAAAGAGAAGUUGAGGUUAGAAAUAGUACAAGGCAAAUCGGUAAUUGUAUAGACGGCUUAGAGGCUACUAUACGCGUCGAAUUUUGUUCUGAUGUCUGA